AAAGGCUAGGCACUUCGAACUUCAAGUAUAUAUAUACACAGAUAUACUGAAAUCUUCCCACGUUGCAGUUAUCUUAAGCAUCUCUUAAAUUUAUUGUGAGAUAGCUCUGUCUCUGCUUCCCCCUAAACUCCUCAGGUAAAUUAUCGACAAAAUGACAGUUUCUCAGCUGAUGGGAGGACCCUCAUACGGGAUUACUGGUAGUAGUUUUGAAAGAAGAGCAAUAAAGAAACUCGGCAAGCCUUUUGUAGGAAAAGGUGCCGCAAAAGCUCAUCAGACAUUUCGUUUUGCGGGGACAAACAGAGGAGGUUUUAGCUUCAACAAUGUCAUUAAGUGUUGUGGAUCAAUCAGCAGUCAAGAUACUUCAGAUUUUAUUCGAAUCAGCCCUAGUGUUGGGGAAUUCGCAUCUAACAGUGGAGCAGAACUCAGCAAGGAAAAGUUUGAGUCAAGGGUGGCCCUGGCUAACAGUCAAUCCCCUUCACAGAAUGUCAAAAUGGAUCUUAUAAUGCUUUCUUUACCUGCAAUUGCUGGACAAGCAAUUGAGCCCUUAGCACAAUUGAUGGAAACAGCUUAUAUUGGUAAACUGGGUGCCUUGGAGUUGGCAUCUGCAGGAAUUUCUGUAUCGAUAUUCAACAUCCUCUCAAAAGUAUUUAAUAUUCCUCUUCUCAAUAUUGCAACAUCUUUUGUGGCUGAAGAUAUCUCAAAGAAUGCGAAGGAGUCUGCUUCAGAUUGUAGCUUUACGAAGGCAAAGGACAAUGAUAAAAAGUUUCUUCCUUCUGUCUCUACUGCCUUAGUUUUAGCAUUUGCAAUUGGUGUCUCUGAGGCCCUAGCGAUGUAUUUUGGAUCUGGAGUGUUUCUUAACAUGAUGGGAAUAUCAUCUGCUUCAUCCAUGCAUGUUCCAGCACAACAAUUUCUGUGUCUUAGAGCAAUCGGUGCUCCUGCAGUGGUAGUUUAUCUAGCCAUUCAGGGCAUAUUCCGUGGUUUUAAGGAUACAAGGACUCCUGUAUUAUGUUUAGGAUUGGGAAAUUUUGCGGCUGUAUUAAUGUUCCCUAUACUUAUGAACUAUUGUCAGUUGGGUGCAACUGGUGCAGCCAUUUCAACUGUUAUUUCUCAAUACAUUGUUGCUUUCUUGAUGAUUUGGUAUCUUAACAAAAGGACUGUUUUAUUGGUACCCAACAUGAAAAUUUUGCACUUUGCUGACUACCUAAAAUCUGGCGGUUUUCUUCUGGGAAGAACUCUUGCUUGUGUCUUGACCAUAACUUUGAGCACAUCAAUGGCUGCUCGUCAAGGAGCUAUAGCUAUGGCGGCUCAUCAAAUAUGUUUACAAGUCUGGUUAUCUAUGUCCCUUCUUGCAGAUGCACAAGCUGCAUCUGGUCAGGCUCUCAUUGCAAGUUAUCUUGCUAAGGGACACUACAACACAGUGAAAGAGAUAACACAUUUCGCCUUAAAGACUGGAUUGUUCACUGGUGUUUGUCUAGCCCUGAUUUUUGGCACUUCUUUUAGUUACAUAGCCACAUGGUUCACCAAUGACUCACAAGUACUUGGAGUAAUCAGAUCCAUCAUACUAUUUCUCUGUGCCUGUGAGCCCAUCACUUGUCUGGCUUACAUUUUUGAUGGUUUGCAUUAUGGUGUUUCUGAUUUUUCAUACAUUGCCUUCACCACGAUGGUGAUAGCCGCAAUUUCUUGUGCAUUCUUGCUGUAUGCUCCUAAUGUCAUCGGUCUUUCGGGCGUUUGGAUCGGUUUGACCCUUUUCAUGGGCCUGCGUGUAAUUGCUGGAUAUAUGAGAUUAUAUUCAAAGAAUGGGCCCUGGUGGUUCUUACAGAAGGACGUGGCAUCAAAACUUGAGGUUGUCAUCUAACUUGGAAGGUGAUGAUGCAGCAGGCAGCUUUUAGAUGUUAAUUAAGCUGUCUUAUUUACCAGCAAAUAAGUAAAUUAAGUUUCAACUAUAUAAGAAUAUUGUCAUUUCCAUCGAUAAUAUUAUAUGUAAAAUAAUUUGUAUAAAUUUAUCAAUGUGAUAAUAUAUUUUUUAAAAUAA